CCCUGAAACGUAGUCUCGAGAGACAGAUCUCCGGCGAAACAAAGAAACGUACAAUGCUAAAGUGUAAAAUUUGCCAUAAAGAGGAUUUCAAAAACGAGCACGGACUGCAUAUUCACGAGUCUAAAGUCCACGGCAAGGGUCGCGAGUCUUCUACUCCACUCAAAGGAGACGUACGACCAAAACAGUUCCCAUCAGCAACACGCUACAGAAGCAAAGGUGAGGGACAAAAUGGUGGAGGAAGUAGUGAUCUACCCGCCAGUCAUAAAAAACCUCAGAGUACGCCUGGGAAGAAGACAUCUGCAACCGCGAAAGAUGUGAACGAAAACUAUAAGACUUCUUCCCCGAGAAUUAAAUCGUCUUCCAGUACUACGAGAGAGACAAAAACAGAACAUAGAACUGCCAAUCAUCACGUUCGGCCUCCUACUGCUGACAUGAAAGACAAAGUGAUUGCACGACAUGUGCACUCAGCGCCAGACCAAAGGAGAAAAGGCGAUGGACAGAAUGAUGGAGGAAGACGCGAUCUACCCCCCAGUGAUAAAAAUCCUCAGAGUACACCUGGGAAGAAGAAACCGUCCACCAUGAAAGAUGGAAAAGAAAACGAUAAGACUUUUCCAAGCACUUCUUACAGCGCACUGAAUCCUCCAAAAUCACAGGAAGGUCUUGCACGAUCCUUUACUGCAUUGGAUUUUCGUAAAUACAUCGCAAUGCAAGAAGCAAGCAUAAAGCGAUCUAAACAUGAAACUCAAAUAAGGGUGGAGAGGGUCAACAAAUUUCUGGAGAAUUUACAAUAUAUCAUGGAGAGGACUUCAGAUAUCCCAUUGGAUGUUCUCAAGUCGGGUUCUUACUAUGACAGAACAAAGAUAGACUAUGACGAUGAGUUUGAUUUCAUGUUUUAUCCUAAAGCCAACAUGGAGGCUGAUUUUACACACUGCCCACCUGGAUUUUGUAAAAUUAAGAAAAGUCGAACAACGAACAAGAGUCUUGACUCACUUUGUAACGAAAAUGGAUAUCUGGUUCCCAAUCGUUUCAAAGAAAAAAUGUUCAACAUUUUCGAAGAUUGUAUCAAAAGUGGAAACUUCAGAGAGGGCAGACGAACAAAAAGAAAGCCACGUCUUGUCGGGAGUCCUGCUUUCACGGUGCUCUAUGAUUUACAAGUUCGAGGUGUAAACCCCAUUGACAUUGAUCUUGUUCCAGCAAUUAGAGUGGAAGGCUGGCCUCCGACUGCUAGAGAAAUCCGUCCGCAAUGGCUCAGAGAAAGCAAUGCUAAGCACGCAAUGAAAUGUUUUCAUGUUGUUACGAAGACAUUUCCUGAUGAGCAUCCAGAUGGUGACCUUCUUUGGCGCGUGUCUUUUUCACACGCCGAGAAAGAAUUGAUUCUCCAUGCUAAUCAAUAUGAUAAAGGCUGCCGCAAAGGAGUCUUCAAACUUCUGAAAAAGGUCAAAGAAAACAUCAAAUAUGGAAGUCCAAGUGAAAUCGAUAAAUUCUGCAGUUAUCAUCUGAAGAUGUUUAUGUUGAAGUUUUAUGACAAUCACGACAGUUUCGACAAGGACCAGAAGGAAACUCUUUUUAAACAAAGUAUCAAAGAACUUACCAAAUGUGUAAGAAAUGGAAAAAUCGAAAAUUAUUUUAUUCCAAAGGACAAUAUAUUGCACUUUGUUUCAAAGAAAGAAAAGAAUUUUGUUGCAGAGAAGCUACAGACAUUUCAAGAGGAAUAUAACUUGUGAGUGCAUUGUUAGCACUCAAUUUUAGCAUAUAGAUAUAUUCGAUGUGCGAGAGCAUGUUCUGCUUGUGAGCAAUUUUUAAAUCGAGACAGGCAGCUGACAAAUAAGUUGAUUUUACAGGAGUUCCAUGAGGAAUAUUACUUGUGACCACAGUGUUAACACUGAAUUUUUGCAUUUUAUAUACUCCAUAUAAUGUUUGCAUUUUAGAUGUCGAAAGGACAUAAUGGUUAUUGGCUAUUUGGCCAGCCGACAUAAAUUCUCCGUUUUAUGUCACGACAGCUGGUAAAAUAACACACGUUUAUAGUAACGUGCUGGGGACGAACAAUUUUGAUUGUUAUAAACAUAAUUCGUUACAUUCAAUGAGAUCAUGAUAUGUUUUCAAACAUUAAAGCAUAAAGCGAC